AUGGCUAGCCAUGCAGUACGACGGGCUGGUGUCAGCUCCGUGUACGUCCGCCUGAUCGGUCUUCCUCGCACCGCGCUGCCUAACGACUUGCGGCGGUUGUGCUCAAAGAACGGGGUGGACAGUUUCUCCCAUGCCAAUAUCGAAUACAAGGACUUCAGCCCAACAGGUCGUGCAGUUCUCACUUUCAACCGCCCAGAAUACGUCCCUGGCGCCAUUAAGGCCCUCAAUAAUUCUAUUCUUUCCGGGAAGCAAAUCAAGGCCUUCUCGAUCGAUCAAAUCCCAACUCCGAAGACUCGCUCUCGUGGUGACGCCGGCCGCCGCGACGCCGCACAGCGGGGUGCUCUCGCUGGUGAUGGUCUAGAUGCUGGACUCACGGGUGGCGCGAAGAAUGUCCUUCUCGAGGGCCUGCCGUACAACAUCGCCCCGGAAUACAUCUACAGAAAGGCUCUUCGGACCUUCAAAAUCUCGGGUGCGGACGAGGGAAAGCCGUUUGUGACUAGGCUCAACAAGUGA